AUGUAUGUUUAUUAUAUAAUACAUAUAAUUACUUAUGACGCAGUACUUAAAGAACUACCCACAAAAGUGAAUUACAACAAUUUCGAUCAUGGAGAUGCGAGUUGUAAGUAUUCUCCAUUUUACACAAGUGCAAAAUCUCUUAUAGAUAAACAGAACUGGAAUGAGGAUGUUUCUAACAAAAUACUUAAUGCCUUAUGUUAUGCACAUAAUAAAAAUAAGUCAAAGGAAUUUAAUGAUGCUGAUUGUGAUUACCUGUAUUUUUGGCUAGGUGAUAUAAUAUAUAGAAAUUUAACAUAUAGGAAUUCGUUUUACACUGUAAUGAAUUCAUUUAAGUUUAUUCUAGAAGGUAUUUUAUGUCUCAGUAAAUGUAAUUUUGUUAAUUAUAAUACGAUUGAACAUAAUUUUAUGGAUAUUAAGUCACUAUUUGAUUUUUCAAAUGACUAUGAUAAGCUUGAUGAAUAUUUUAGUACACAUAAGAGGACGUGUAGCACCAAAAUUAAUAAUUAUAUUAAGCCAUAUAUCAUGUCAUAUACAAUGUUCAAAAACAAGUGUAAGGACUUACAUAGAAAAGAUGAAACUUGUAUGGCUUUUAAUAAAUAUUUUAAAGAUAGUAAUAAAAUAGACUUACGUAAAUUGUCAUGCAAUUCUGUAAAUAAUAUUGCUAGAUAUGCAACACAACAACAAAAUCAUAGAGAAGGGGCAAAUACACAUGUAAGAAAAAUGGUACAAAUAACAGAAGCACGACCUCAUAUACAUGAGAGAGUACGUGGUGUGAAAGCAAAGGGAGAUGUAACAAUAAGCGAUUAUGAAGGUAUGUUACAUCAAUCUGUAGAUCAAGGGGGGCAUGUGAAUGUAUAUCAAGAAUCAAUAAUGCAUAAACAUUCGGAAAACUCUCAUUUGGACGUUGAAAAACUAGAAUUUAAAGAUAAUCCUGGUACUUCAAGUCAUCCUUCAGCUUUUUCAUCUUCAGAAAGUAUGGUCAUUGCCCCAUUAUUUAUAGGAAUUACAAUAUUUUCUAUUAUAUUUUGCAAAUUUACUCCAGUUGGAUACUGGUUAAAAAAGUCCAUAUUUGGAAAAUCCAAGAGAAAACGUAAUAUUAUAAGGAAUAUGAAUAUAACAGAUGAUUAUACGAUGCCAGAAGACAUACAGUCAUCAAGAAGAUUUAAUGUAACAUUCAGUAAUAUAUAUUAA